UAUUAACAGUCCCCAAUCUCCACACGUAGUCGGUACAUCGUCGUCGGUUCGACAAGUUUAAUAUUGAUUUAUAAAUCGACCUGCUUCUUUUCAAUUAGUGUCUGAUAUUUUCCUUUUAAUUCGAUCUUCUUCUUUUCCUUAUUUUCCUUUUAAUUUGAUCUCUCUUAUCAUUCUUAAAUCAUCGAAUAAUAGUGCGAAUUUGAAAAUUUACUUGAAAAUUAAGAUAAUGUUAUGUAUGACCCUUAGAGAGUAGACAUAUAUACGGUCAUUAACGAAUAAAUAAUAAGAAAUAACAAGAAAAAUAUUGUAAAGUUUAUCGUUAUGUUUUUGAAAGAUUAUGAAAAUGUUGGUAAUAUCGGAGAUUAUUUUGAGCAUAUAUUUUCUCUUUUCCUUUCGAUUAAUCGAAAAUAAUAGUUGGUUUGGAAGAUGGCGACAUCAUGAUUACGUCAUAUUUUUACUUGACAUAACAUUUCUUCGAUAUUAUUAAAUAAAAAGAAAUUGAUUCGCGAUCAGAUAUGCCACAAUAUGACGAAUCUUUUCUUGAUUCGCCAAUCUUCAGACGACGUGUACGAACUUAUUUCGUACAAAAGAAAUCCUCGACGAAAUCAAGAUCGUUCAAGAAUACGUCUGUACCUUUGUUGUUGGCCGUGACCGAUCUCAAUAACGAUUUCUCUGAUUCGCUUUCGAUCUGCAGUACGCAAGAAAGCAACGAGGAACGUUCAAACGGAAAGGCGCGCGGCGGUAAGCUCGCGCGUCGAGCACGCUCCUUUAAGGAGGACUUUUUGGAGAAGCUUUCACACAUGCGUUCUCCGGGUAGCGGUGGUACAGGGGCAGGCGGCGCAGAGAGCGUCGUAGGAGGAGCCGGCCGAGCAAGUUCACCUUCAUCGCCACGAGCACCGCGUGAUAAAAAUGGAGUUGCUGGAAUUGGACUUGGAACAGGUGGAACAUCGUCGUCAUCGUCAGGAAAGGAUAGUAAUAAUACAGCUGGUCUUGAAAAAAAUCCUUUACGAGACUUGCAUGUCCACGUGAGACAAGUACAGCUUGCUCUUCUGCAUUUUCGGGAUGUUGUCUCGAAAAAGAAAUUGGAAAUGUUGCCAGGUAAUGGGACAGUGGUUCUCGACACUGUUACUACCAUACACACGGUACUCAAGUCCUAUCUUCUCUAUGAAAAUAGUUCCACGCUAGGAUCCGCAACCAAUCAAGUUUAUCAAGCACUCGCUCAGUUAUUGAAACUUUGCGACGAUGUCUUGUUACACGGCGAUCAAUCUUCUGCUUUGGAUACCGAAAAUGUUACCCAUAUUAUCGGUUUGGUCGAAGAAGCAGUUAAGAAUUUGGUUUCCCUUGCUCAUGAGAAGAUUUCUAACCGACAGAAACCUGUUAGCAUUACGAUUAACAAUCGUGCAUCGGGUUAUGGAUUGGAACUUGCUCCUCAGAGGAACUCGCUGCCGGAUAUACCUUUAACACCAAGGGAAAGAGAGAUCUUAGAACAGACCGCUGCCAACAAUAGUCUUGUUCGAAGUUCGCAUAGUUCUGAAUCUAUUUUAAGGGAUUCGAGUCCACCACCAAAACCUCCUCUUCCUGAUAGAACGAACGUAUGCUUCUCCGAAGAAAACAGUUCGUCAGGUACACCACCACCUUUACCACCGAAAAGAAGAACCAGAACUCAACAAUUGCUCGACGAGUCUGAGAGUUUCUUAGCAUCUAGUCUCGAUAGAGUUUCCUUGCGUAGUCGAUCACCGGAAGACUCUUCUUCUAUUUUAAGUGCAUCAGCUGGUAGUUUGGAUUCUGCUUUAAAUCAUUCGCGUGACGAGGAUGAAAUUCGAGCGAUCAUGGGACCAAACGAUGAGUCUCUCAAUGAUAGUAUGGAUCUCAGUCUUAUAGCUACCAUUAAAAGUAUGCAAGUUAAUGGGACCUCUAAUUGUGCUUGUUGGGAUAGUUCUGAAAGCAGUAUACCAAGUACUAUGUUACUAGGACAACAAACACCCCAAGAAAUUCUUAAUCCGUUCACCGGUAUUGAUGGAAAAAUAGAAAGAUUUUCAACCCAAACACAUGAAUCCGGUUUUGUGUCGAUGCAUUCUCAAAGAAGUUCUUCUCAAAGUUACACGACUGCUUCUAGUACAACUUCAAAAAGAUCAUCGCAACAAAGCAGUAUCAGUUAUAGUUCCCAAACGUUUAGUACCCAACAACAAUCUCUUUAUCAACAAAAGUUUACAUCUGAUAGCAAUGGUUCUGUUUUCAUGCAAAAAACAAUGAGCAGCUCUAAAAGUACCACGGAUAAUAUGAAUAUAACGGGAAGUGGCGACACCGUUAUGUUAGAAAAAUUGAAAAAUGAAAUGGAAUCAAUUACUAUAUCCGAUGCUAAUGGAAUACCACCUGCAUUACCAGAAAAACGAUCUAAACGGAGAAGAGAACGUCAACCUUCGCAAUACGACAAUGUACCUGAAAAUGAACAUUUGUCUACUUGCAGUUUGCAUACCAGUAACGGCGAUAGCUCGGAUACCAAUAAACCACCACCUCUUCCGCUGAAAAAAAAACAUAUGUUCCAAUCAGUGGCAUAUUCUGUUAUGGCAUACAUGGAGAUGUUUGGAAAUUGCUCUCACAGCAACAACGACUUCAUUUCUGGCCUUGGAACUCGUCAUUCUGUAGCAGCUUACAAUUCCAUGCAAGCAGAAUGGCAGCAACAUGAAAUGGCACUCACUACGACUCAAUCUUGUUCUUUUAUGGCUCAUACGGUAACUAACUUGCAUGACACCACAAGCGUUUCUAUAUCUAUGACUCCAAGCAUUACGGAAAUAACAAAUAAUUCUAGUCUUCCUCCGGCUUUACCACCAAAGAGAUCACGAUCUAUCAAAUCAAAUGUUACACCUUCGAUAGUUUCACCAAAGCCUACGAUUAGUAUGCAAAGCAUACAUACAUCUGAUUCAAUUUUAUCAUCGACUCCUGUCAAAAUUGAUGAGCCGUCGUCAUAUAAUGAUGCUUUUCUUGAUAAAAAAGAUGUUGUAUCGUCAACUCCAGUGAAAUUGAAUAUCACCGGUACUGCAUUAGACAUAGCAUUACCAACUUCCAGACCUGCAAGUAAUGCUCUUUCUUCUGUAUCCAUUAGCGAUAACACUUUGGAAUUAAGGGAUAUAGAUCAGGAUGAUAAUAUAUUGGAAGAAUUAGAUAUCAGUAAAUAUUUAGUUUUUAAAAAAUCUGAUGAAGAAGGACCCGAUAUACGUGGUGGACAUCCUGAUGCAUUAUUAAUUCAUGCUACCAAAGCAAAUAAGCAUGACGAAAAGGAAUCAGACUUUUUAUAUCAGGAAGCUUUUCUGACAACAUACAGAACAUUUAUGCAACCGCUUGAAUUAAUUCAAAAAUUACAUAAACGACAUCAACGUUUUUCCUGUUCUCCAGAUGUUACGAAGCAACGAGCAGCUCGAGAAGCUUUCUCCUUAUUAGUUAGAGUAGUCAGUGAUUUAACUAUGUCAGAUCUUGACGAUACCUUAUUACAAACUUUAAUGGAAUUCGUACAACAAUUAGUAUGCAGUGGUGAUUUAACAAUGGCUAAAGCUUUACGAGUGAAAAUAUUAGAAAAGCAUGCCGCUAAACAAUUACAAUACGCACAACCAAUUUUAUCUUCUCUCAGUGUAACGACGAAACAAGCAUCACUUUUAGAUUUUAAAAGCGAACAAAUCGCAGAACAAAUGACUUUAUUAGACGCAGAUUUAUUUAUGAAAAUUGAAAUUCCUGAGGUAUUAAUUUGGGCCCAAGAACAAAAUGAAGAGAGAAGUCCAAAUCUUACAAGAUUCACAGAACAUUUUAAUAAAAUGUCAUAUUGGGCUAGAUCCAGGAUAUUAGAGCAUAGAUUGGAGAACGAAGCUAAGGAUAGAGAAAAAUAUGUUGUCAAGUUCAUUAAAAUAAUGAAACAUCUUAGAAAAAUAAAUAAUUUUAAUAGUUAUCUUGCCUUGCUUUCUGCAUUAGACAGUGCACCAAUUAGAAGACUUGAAUGGCAGAAGCAUAUUACGGAAGGUUUGAAGGAAUAUUGUGCUCUUAUCGAUAGUUCAAGCAGUUUUCGAGCAUAUAGGCAAGCUUUAGCAGAAACUCAACCACCAUGCAUCCCAUAUAUUGGGCUUGUGUUACAAGACCUUACAUUUGUGCAUAUUGGGAACAGUGAUUUGUUACCGGACGGUACUAUCAAUUUUUCUAAAAGAUGGCAACAAUUUAAUAUUGUUGAAAAUAUGAAGAGAUUCAAAAAAGGUACAUACUCCUUCAAGAAACACGAUCGUAUUAUUACGUUCUUCAACAACUUCAGUGAUUUCCUCUGUGAGGAAGCAAUGUGGCAAAUUUCUGAAAGUAUUAAGCCACGUGGUGGAAAGAAAGUUCAAUCGCAAAACUAGAACAUAUCUAACCCUUUCACUGCCUGUGUUUCCAAAUCAAAAGGCUGAAAUGGUGGAAAUUCAAAAUGAUUAUGUUUACAUGAGAAUUUGCUCUUUUCUGCGAUUCAAAAAAAAAAAAAUAAUAAUAAUAAUGCAUAUAAACGUAUAUAUACAUAGGUAGUAUGUAUUGAAGGAAGAAUCUAGUAUGUAUAUGUACGUAUGUGUGCGUAAUAUACGUACGUUUGUGCGACGCUCUGAGAGCGGUGAAAGGGUUAGCAUAGUCUACCCCAAUGUGUACGCAGCCUCUGUGAGGCUGUAUUUGAAUGUUUUUAAUUUAUACUCGCCGAAAAAAUACAAACAAAAGAAAAGAAAUACAAAAAGUUAAUAUACACAGUCCAGCCGAGACACAUGCGAUCUUGUACAGUAUUUGAAUUUUAAUGCAUUGUCUCUUCAAACAGAAUCAUAUGCAUGACGAGAGAGAGAGAGAAAGAGAGAGAGAGAGAGAGAGAGAGAGAGAGAGAGAGAGAAAUGUAAAAGUAGUAGAUGUCAGUUAUCAUUUAAAUUAUUUAGAUAUAUGUGAACGUCCAUUUAUCUAGCUUUCACG